CGGCGGCGGCACCCUGCGGGCCGGACGAUCGGCAACAGCGUGUGUGCGCUUGACGCAGCGAAAAAUGGUCCACGCCGUGGCCCACUUGCCCGGCACCUGGCGGCUCCUCUACUACGACGCGCCGACGCGUGGAGAGCAGAUCCGGCUAUUAUUCGCGCUCGGCGGCGUGCCGCUGCAGGACGUUCGGCUCUGGCCCUUUCCAAACGGCCUCGACCCGUACCGCAAGGCGGCUCUUGGCGCGGACUCACCGCUCCUGGGCACGGACAAGUGCCCCUGCGUGACCGCUCCCGACGGCACUCACUGCGUCGAGACGUCAAACAUCAUGCACUUUGUCGGCCACCAGAUUGGCAUGGCACCACAAACGGAGGAGGCAGACGAGAGAGCGGUCAACCUCUGCCUAAUCGCGCAGGAGCUUUUGGACGAGGUCUUCUACCCGCUGCUGAUGCCGAUGCUCGUGCGCCGCCUCACGCGGACCGAGCUCCUCGGCUUGCUCCGCCCGCUGAGCGGCCUGCUCGGAGACCGCUCCGCCAAGGUCGAGCCGGCGGUCGCUGCGCUGCGCGCCAGGCUUCCCGCCCUCGAGCGGGCCCUCGAGGCGAGCGGAGGCACCUUCUUCUCGGGCGAGGCGCUAACCUUCGAGUCGGUCGCCCUCUUCAACGCGCUGCGCGACAUCCUCGCGUACGAGUGCGUCGGGGACGAGCUGGCCUCGUACCCGCGCCUGGCCGCCUUCAUGGCGGCCCUCGAGGCGCGGGCGAGGCCGUACUUCGAGGAGCGGACAGCGACGCACCAGUGCGGCUACCCCGACGUGGUCAGCUACCUCGCCGCGACAAACACGCCCUUCCCUUGGUCGCGCGUCGCCAAGCAGCGCGACUGAUCUGAAGGGCUCCGCAGAGAGACGUGACGGGAGAGGAGGUCAACGGCCAACGCAACGCGGCUUAGGAGGUUCGGCUCUUACUUGUGCGUGCGCUCUGGUCAAAAUGGUCGAAUUAUUUUUCGAUGCACACAUGUCAUGUUGUG